AUGCAACCACAGAUAAUUCUGCUGAAAGAGGGAACUGAGAACUCUCAAGGAGUUGCUCAAGUUGUGUCUAACAUAAAUGCCUGCCAAGCUGUAGUUGAAGCUGUAAGGACAACUUUGGGUCCUAGAGGUAUGGACAAAUUAAUUGUAGGAAAUGAUGGUAAAGCUACAAUAUCAAAUGAUGGGGCCACAAUCAUGAAAUUAUUGGAUAUUGUUCAUCCUGCUGCUAAAACUUUAGUCGAUAUUGCUAAAUCGCAAGAUGCAGAGGUUGGUGAUGGUACCACAAGUGUAGUAUUGCUAACAGGAGAAUUUUUAAAACAAGUUAAACCUUUCAUUGAAGAAGGAGUUCAUCCUCGAAUAAUAAUAAAAUCAUUAAGGAAAGCCACUCAAUUGGCUGUGGAAAAAAUUAAAGCCUUGGCACAAAAUGUUGAAAAAUCAAAACCCAACGAACAAAGAGGACUUCUUGAGAAAUGUGCAUCCACUGCAUUGAGUUCUAAACUUAUUCAUCAGCAGAAGGAUUUUUUUGCAAACAUGGUUGUUAAUGCAGUAUUAUCCCUUGAUGAACUUUUGCCUUUAAACAUGAUUGGUAUUAAAAAAGUAACUGGUGGUGCUCUUGAAGACUCUCUUUUAACCCAAGGAGUUGCUUUCAAAAAAACAUUUUCCUAUGCCGGUUUCGAAAUGCAACCUAAAACUUAUAAAAACCCUAAGAUAGCUUUAUUGAAUAUUGAGCUCGAAUUAAAAGCGGAAAGAACUAAUGCAGAAGUAAGAGUUGAUUCUGUUUCUGAAUAUCAAAAAGUAGUCGAUGCUGAAUGGCAAAUUUUAUAUGAUAAAUUAGAACUCAUUCAUAAAAGUGGAGCUCAGAUAGUGCUUUCAAAAUUACCCGUUGGAGAUGUUGCUACUCAGUAUUUUGCCGAUAGAGACAUGUUUUGCGCCGGACGUGUCGAUGAAGAAGAUUUAAAAAGAACCAUGAAAGCUUGCGGAGGUGCCAUAAUGGCCACAGCUUAUGAUUUAAAUGAAUCCGUAUUGGGAAAAUGUGAAAAAUUCGAAGAGAAACAAAUUGGCGGGGAGCGAUUUAAUUUCUUUACGGGAUGUCAAAAUGCCAAAGCCUGUACAAUCGUAUUAAGAGGAGGAGCGGAACAGUUUUUAGAAGAAACGGAAAGAUCACUUCAUGAUGCUAUAAUGAUCGUUCGAAGAACAAUAAAGAACGAUGCCGUCGUGGCAGGAGGUGGAGCGAUAGAAAUGGAACUGAGCAAAAUAUUAAGGGAUUAUUCGAGAACCAUUGCGGGAAAAGAACAAUUGAUAAUUUCUGGAAUUGCUAAAGCACUGGAAAUAAUUCCCAGACAGUUGGCGGACAAUGCAGGUUUCGAUGCGACUAAUAUUCUCAACAGGUUGAGGCAAAAACACGCUCAAGGUUUUACGUGGUACGGCGUCGACAUAAAUAAAGAAGACAUUUCUGAUAAUUUUGAACAAUGCGUUUGGGAACCGGCCGUGGUUAAAAUAAAUGCAAUAACAGCAGCCAGCGAAGCGGCCUGCCUCAUUCUUUCCGUUGACGAAACUAUAAAAAAUGUAAAAUCGGGUGGAGGAGAUGCACCAUCGGCACUACCAAUGGGAAGAGGAAGAGGCCGUCCAUAUUAA